AUGGGCAGUAGCCAACAAAUGUACGCAUGCCAUCCCCUUACGCAAGCAUGCGCUGACGUGACAAAAAGUGAGGUCGAUGUCCUGAUCAUCGGUGCUGGCCCAACUGGCCUGGGUGCUGCCAAGCGUCUUCAGCAAUUGAACGGCACGUCGUGGCUCAUUGUUGACUCUAAUACGACGCCUGGUGGUCUCGCAUCGACAGAUGUCACUCCAGAGGGUUUUCUGUUCGACGUUGGCGGACAUGUCAUCUUCUCCCACUACAGCUACUUCGACGACUGCCUCAACGAAGCCCUGCCCAAGCCCGACGACUGGUACACGCACAAGCGCAUCUCGUACUGCCGCUACCAGGGCCAGUGGGUUGCCUACCCCUUCCAGAACAGCAUCGCCGCGCUGCCUCAAGAGGAGCAGUCGAGAUGCCUAGAGGGAAUCAUAGAGGCUGCCCUGCAGGCCCGUGGCCGCGAUCCCGCAGACAAGCCGAACAACUUUGACGAGUGGAAUAUCCGGAAUCUGGGACAACGCCUGACCGACAUCUUCAUGCGACCGUACAACUUUAAAGUUUGGGCCGUUCCCACAACAAUGAUGAACGCGACGUGGCUCGGAGAGCGAGUCGCCGCGCCCAAUGUCAAGCUGCUCACGUCCAACGCUGUGCUGAACAAGGUGGCUGGACCAUGGGGGCCCAAUGCUACGUUCCGCUUCCCGGCGCGUGGCGGAACUGGUGGCAUCUGGAUCGCCGUGGCCAACACCUUGGACAAGCACAAGACGAACUUCGGUCAGCAUGCCACUGUGACAAAGGUCGAUGCCGACGCAAAGAAGGUGUAUCUGAAAGAUGGUGAGUCCAAGGUGAACCCCCAAAGCAAGAUCCUACUGACCGCUGAAACUGGAGGCACCGUGGUCAAAUACUCGUCUCUCAUCUCGACCAUGGCUGUUGACCACCUCGCCGCGUCCAUGGGCGACGUCAAGCUCCAGCAGAUGUGCAAGCGUCUGGUAUACUCCUCCACAAAUGUAAUUGGUGUUGGCAUUCGCGGCAAACGCCCCGAGCGUAUCGGCGACAAAUGCUGGCUGUACUUUUCCGAGGACAAUUGUCCCUUCUACCGGGCCACCAUCUUCUCCAACUACUCCCCAUAUAACCAGCCGCACGACAAGGUUGAACUAGUCACCAAGCAACUGGCCAACGGCAAGCAGCCAAAGUCGUCGGCACCGCAGCCAGGACCGUACUGGUCCCUUAUGCUCGAGGUCUCUGAGUCGUCGUACAAGCCUGUCAACCAUGAAACACUUCUUGCGGAUUGCAUUCAGGGCCUUGUCAACACGGAGUUACUAGACCCUGAAGAUGAGAUUGUCAGCACAUAUUUCCGGCGCUUCGAUCACGGAUAUCCUACGCCACACCUGGAUCGCAAUGACGCCCUGGCAGAUAUCUUGCCCCAUCUCCAAAACAAGGACAUUCUGUCCCGGGGCCGCUUUGGCUCAUGGAAAUAUGAGGUUGGCAACCAGGACCACAGCUUCAUGCUGGGCGUCGAGGCCGUGGAUCGCAUCCUGUUCGGCGGCAUCGAACUGACACUGGGAUACCCCGACUUUGUCAACGGCCGCGCCAACACGGAGCGCCGCUUGAAUACGAUCAAGAGCUUAUCCAAACGGUCAUGA